GCCGUGAGACCAGGCUGCCCCUGCACCUCACAGGGGAAGGCCUCGAGCCCUGCCUCCAACUCAGCUGUGAGGAACUGGACAUGGGGAAAGUUUUGGUUGGAGAAGCCUACAGCUACGAGGCAAUGCUGGUUAACAAAGGAGCUAUUGAUGCUCCCUUUGAGCUCAUCCCUCCAACCACAGCCCGUGGCUCCUGCUUCACCUUUCGGCCCCAGCAGGGCAUCAUUCCACCCAGUGGGCUCCAGCCUAUCCAGAUCUCCUUCAGUUCCACCACCCUGGGGGAGUUCAAGGAAGAAUUCCAUUUCAAUGUGGCUGAAUGCCCUAAGCCUGUGACCUUGACUAUCAGGGGCCACGUCACCGGACUGAGCCUGCAUUUCAGCACAGGUGGCCUUGACUUCAAUGACGUCUCCUUUGGCUUUCCUCAGACCUUGUCGUGCCACCUGAUCAGCACCUCCGUGGUGCCCAUCACCUUCCACCUUCGCAUCCCUGGGGACGGCCAGGGACAGCCCAGCCUUAGGAGCUCUGAUCAAGUGAAAGACAACGCUCACCCCUCCUGGGAAAAAGGCACACUGGCUCCAUGUCAGGAGAAGCCAGUGGAGUUCACCAUAACACCCAGCACAGGGACCAUCCCUUCCCAGGGAUCCCAGGAGAUCAGGGUCACGCUGUGUUCCAAUGACGUGGGACAGUACGACUGUGAUAUGGUGCUGGACGUGGAUGGUUUUGGCAAGGAGGUGUUGGCUCUGUGCCUCAAAGCCAGAUGUGUCGUUCCUGAGCUGCGUUUGCUCUUCUCCACCCUCGACUGUGGACCGUGCUCUGCAAAGGUCCCUUGCCAGAAGACGCUGACCCUUGUGAACCCGAGCCCCCUUCCAGGAUGCUACAGAGUUCUCCCUCAGAGACAACAAGAGGCCGCUGCUCUGUGGUACUCCAGCCCCAAGCCGUGUGGGAUUAUCCAAGGUCACGAGGCGGUGGAGAUCCCCAUUACAGUUGAAGUCCAGGCAGUGGGUGCUCCUUCCAUCCCGGUGGAUAUCGCCGUGUUCGGGAAGGAGACAUCCCCGCUGCAAAUGCGUUUCAUGUGCACUGGAAAGACGCCGCUUGUCUACGCAAGUGUGAAUAAGAUAAACUUGGGCGAGAUCCAAGCGAUACAGGAGACUUCCCAAACUCUCCAGCUGUGCAAUCAGGAUCUCAUCCCUGCAGCCUUCAGAGCAGAGAUCGAUGGCAAAUGCUGGAGUAUUGAACCCAGGGAAGGAGUGGUCCCUGCCAAGGCUGAGGUUCCUGUGGUUGUCACGGCAAACCUGGGUGACACAGGGAGAUUUGAAGACAGCAUGAAGCUGUUCAUUGAGAACAGCCUUACCAGUGUCAUCCCCAUCCAGGCUGUGGGCAUCGGCACCACAAUUACCAUUGACAAACCGUUUGCGCCGGAGCUGAAUUUGGAACCCCAGUUCAACCUCGUUCCCUGCGUUUUCCGGUUCAACGUGACAAACAAGGGGCGUCAGUUCCAGCGGCUGUACUGGGACACAGAAGGUUUCAGCCCCUUUCGACAGCGUCAUCCUCUCCCUGCCCUCUGUGUCCCCAAGGGCAAAAACGCUUCCCAGAGACACACCACCCCCGUAUUUAAGCUGCGGCCACGGAGUAUGAAUCUGCAGCCAGGCGAGACUAUGGAGCUGGUGCUGGAAGGCUUCUCCAGCACUGUCCAGGACGUGGAGGAGAAGCUUGUGUGUGAGACAGUCGUGAAGCCAGAGAUAACAAAGAAAGAGAUAAUCAAGACAAAGGUCACCUGCAAGUUCAUUUCUCCCGCUGUGCAAAUAUCAUCCAAGGCAAUCACUUUCCGUGUGGAGAAGCACCCCGAUGAUGUCCUGACUCUUCAGUACAAGCCUCUAUCUUUAAAAAACACCUGCUGCCUGCCAUUCCACCUUUUGCUGGAUUUGGAGCAGCUGUUCCUAAUCUGUGAUGCAGACCAUCAGCCCCUCCCUGCAGGGGCCCAGCCUGUGAAGAUGGUGGCAGGGCAGGAACUUCAUCUCUCCAUCGGCUUUAACCCAGCCUAUGAAAAGGAUCCGAUCAGCUGGGCAUCCCCAGGAGAGGGGAUUGCUCCGCCGGCCCUCCCCUGCAAAGCCGACGACUACGGGCUUCUUCUGCCGCGUGGGUCGCACACCACACAGGACUUUGUUAUUGAGCACAGUCACCCUUUAGAUAAGAAAUCGGCGAAAGCCCUCGCCAGAUGGCUUGACCGUCACGGUCAUCAAGUUAAUGAUAACACCACAUUCGACAAAUGGCAAGCCAUCGGAUUUCAACUGUGGCGAGAGAACGGCAGGGGUGACCGACUCGCAAAAGAGGCGCUUAUCGCCUGGAGGCUUAUUCUGAUGGUGCUUCAGCACCAGAUGAUGAAUAAGAACAACAGCAGUAACACCCAAGAAGCUGUGUCCUCCAAGUCCACAGAAGAAAAUAAAUCUCACACAGAGAAAGACAUGGACAGAGACAUUAAAUACACGGACACGGACACUUGCUAUACAGAUAAGGACACCGGGAGAGGGAAGAAGGACACCAACCACCACACACAAGAUGGCGGGAGGGACUCCGACAGCGAGUCGCAAGAUGGCGGGAGGGCGAGAAGAUGGGGAUCGCGGCGAUCACGAAAUGGCGGCGAGGAGGCGGGGCCCCGGGAAGCGCGGGAAAGAUCGAGGCGGGAAAAGCGGAGGCGGGCUCUUGUAGUUCCACCCACAGCGCCAUCUCCGCCCCCGUAUACGCGCGCGCGGAGCCCCUCCCCGGACACGCCUCCCUCUACGCCCUCUUCCGCCACUCCGGACUCCUCCCCAGAACGAUCCCCCUCCCGGAAGUCACGGGGUGCAGUGGGCGGGGCUAAGGCGAAGGCCAGAGGUAACAUCCGGCAAGAUGGCCGCGCCCAUAAGGCCAAGGUCACCGAGGCCUACUCCGCCCGCCGGUACCCCCCAUCAGACUAUCAUUGGCCGCCAUAUUCCCCGGAUGAACCAGCCGAUGCUCCAGACAUCUGGAGCGAAGUCCGGGAAGAAGCAGCAUCCGCUAGGGAUGCGGAGUUUUUAAAAGCCUUCCCGGUUUACUAUGACGAGGGCAAACCACCGGAGUGGCGCCCUAUCUCGUAUCCUAUGCUAAAAGAUAUUAAGAAGGCCAUAGUAGAGUACGGGUUGGGCGCCCCCUUUACCCUCGGUUUACUGGAAUCGUUCUUUUUGGCAUAUACGUUGAUUCCCUUCGAUAUACGGGGUGUGAUGGGGGGGUUACUAACGACAGUACAGGCCUCAGCUUUUGAAACCGAGUGGAAGAAGCGCAUUGUAACCUGGGUGAACGACCGGAUGGAGAGGCGAGGUAUUCCCCCACGGCAAGCCAUAGACAUGCUCUAUGGGGAGGGCGACUACACGCGUAGAGGGGAUCAAGCUAGAUUAGAUCCUAAAUUAUUAGACGAGUCUAAAGAAUUGGCCCUAGACGCCUUAAAGAAGGUGGCCGACGCGUACGUGCCGACCCCCUCCUUUACAAUGAUUGACCAAGGCCCUGUGAAGAUGGAGGCAGGGCAGGAACUUCAUCUCUCCAUCGGCUUUAACCCAGCCUAUGAAAAGGAUCCGAUCAGCUGGGUAGCAGAGAAGACUAUGAAGAUCCAGCUGGUGGAACAUCCUCAUGAGGAAGAGAUCACCGUUCGGGGAGAGGUCUACUUCCCGAAUCUCCGUAUCCCGACCAAAGCGCUGGACUUCGGUUGCAUCGCGAAUGGCGCAAAACAAGUGCGUUCCCUGGAGAUGACCAACUGCAGCCCAAUUCCUGCCCACUACCACUGGUCAUUCCGGGUGAAAAGCAAGGAGUACCUGACAGGGUUCAUACCUUCCCCACCUAGAUUCAGACCCCAACCACAAAUGGCCAGGUUCGGCUGUGUUGAGUGUGGGCGUUAUUCAAGGAGGUACUUCAGGCCUGGAAGUGUGCGGGAGCCAGCCAAAGCCCCGGAAGCAGCACAGGACUCUUCCCAACAAUCAUCACAUUCAGCAAACUGCCUGGAAACAGAACAGAAUUCUUCCCAAGAGUCAUCAGAUUCAGAGAACUCCCUGGAAACAGAAUGGGAUUCUUCUGAAGAGUCAUCGGAUUCAGAGGGCUCCCUGGAAACAGAGGACGAUUCUCCUGAACAGUCACCACAUCCAGAGAACUCUCUGGAAACAAAGCAGGACUCUUCCCAAAAGUCAUCACAUUCAGAGGCCUCCCCGGAAGCAAAGGUGCCACCAUCCACUGCUGCAGGGCCUCGGAGCUCAGUGGAGACGAAGGGGUCUGGGCAGUCGGCGGAGGCAGAGGCCCCUGGCUUCAGAGCGGAGGAGGUUUUUGGUGUCCAGCCGGUGUCCGGUGUGCUGCAGCCGGGCAAGAGCCAGCAGGUGCCCUUCACCUUCUUUGGCCAUGCCAACAUCAUCGCCCGUGUCACAGCGCUGUGCCGGGUGGAGGGAGGCCCGACCUACGAGGUGGAGCUGAGGGGAGAGACUUCGGUCCUCACCUACCACCUGAGCAUCGAGGAGAUCAACUGUGGGCUGCAGCUCUUUAACGAAGUCACCAGAGCCGAGGUCACCCUGCGGAACGACGGGAAGGUCGGAUUCACCUACGUGGUGCAGAGCCCCAGCACUGGCACUGCAGACAAGCCUCUGCCUGGUGUGCUCAUGGUCCUGCCCAGCACAGCUUCCAUUGAACCUGGCAAGGAGCAGGUGCUGAAGCUCUAUUACCUGCCAGGAGUGCCAGGAGUCUUCUGCAGGACUUUCCAGGUUCAAGUGGGUCACCUGAAACCGGUAGAAAUCUCCCUGAAAGGAGAGGCGAUCUUUGCUGGGAUCUGUCUGGACCUGCCCUGGAGCAUCAGAGGAAGUGAAAAAUACGAGAGGCUACUGAAACAGGCAAAAGAAAAGCUGAAAAAAGACAAGCAGGACAAGAAAGUAAGUGUUUGGAGGAAGGCUCAAAUCAGGAAGCGACACGCGAAGGGCCCUGGCAUUGUGGCAAACACUUGGCUGAGGAUGGAGAUGGAGCAGAUGCUGAUAAAGGAGAAUGCUCUGGAGCUGCAGCCAACCCUCAUCUCCCGCCCCCCAGAGGACACUGUCUUUAACAAGAGCAUUCCUCAGAAGCUUGUCAAAGUUGAGCUGCCCGAGUACAUCCUGGACAUGGGCACUGUUGUUCAGGGUUACAGUAAAAGCUGCACUGUGAAGAUCACCAACACCUGGAGGUACCCAGUGGCCGUCCAGGCCAAUGAACGUGCCCUGCGUGACACAGGUUUCAGCAUAUACCUGGAGCCCGUGGAGUUCCUGAUCUACGGCACCAGCAAACGGUUUCAAGUGAACUUUGCAAGUGCCAACCUGCCCAUGGGAAAGGUGGAUGUGCUCCUGCCCAUCAAGGUAGAGAAAGGCCCCACACUGCACAUCCGCCUCCGUGCCACUGUGAUUCAGCUGCUGCUCAGCCUCUCCAGGAACAGACUCCAGUUCCCCGAUGUCCAGGUUGGGCAGUGCUGGUGUGAAACAGUCCGGCUUUACAACUGGUUCAGCGCGCCCUGUGAAUGGUUCCUCACUGUCAACAAACCUGCCAAGAAGGUGGACAAACGUUUGACACCGGCCGUGCGUCAGAAGGAGCUCCAGGCUGCGAAGGAUGAUUCCCGUGUCUUUCAGUGGAAGGCCCGGGAGGGAACCCUCUAUGGUAGAGAGUGGUGUGACCUGCAGAUCCAGUUUUCCCCCCUGGAAGAGAAGUCCUACAAAACCGAGCUGAAGAUCAACGUUCGUGGGAACAGCCAGCUCCUCGUGCUGCACAUCUCAGGACAGGGUCUGGAGCCACGGCUGGAGUUCAGCCCCACGGAGAUCAAGCUGGGAGCGGUGCUUCCGUGCGGCCCUGAGCUGGAGAGGACAGUGGUGGUGAAGAACCCCUGCGAGUUCCCCACUGAAUUUUACUCCCUGGAGUUUGACGAGGAGUACCGUGAGGAGGAGAAGAUCCUGCGGACGCUGGAGGAGUUUGGAGACCGGACGGCCGUGGUGAUGCCUCCACGCGCUGUGGGUGAGAAGCUGCCCCCAGAGGUGCUGGAAUAUUAUGAAAAAUGGAAGAAGAUGGAGGCUCUGGGUCAAGAGAUGUUCAAGCGCAAGGAAGAAUCAGGCGAGGACAAUGCAGCACUUCAAGAGAGCAUCAGGUUGUUGAAGGACAUGGUGGACGAGUGUGACAGGCCCAUCCGUCAGGCCGUCAGGCGCUACCUCGACACCAAUCCCGUUGGAGAAGAGCUCAAAGCCCAAAUGCCCAGAGGGAUUGCCAUCAUCGUCUAUGGGACCCCGCGGACAGGAAAGACAAGGGCGGCGGCCGCCCUGUCCAAGUAUUACAGUGCCGCCUGCUUGUCCCUGGCCGAGGUGGGGACAGAAGCCAUGUCGGACGAGCGCAGCUCGGCGGGGCGCCGUGCCCGGGAGCUGUGCGUCGAGGCUGCCCGUCAGCAAAGAGCCAGGAGGGAACAGAUGCCGGGUAAAAAGGGUGCUGAGGCCAAGAAAACCCAGCCCAGCCCUGGGGACAAAGCCAGCCAGAAGACCCUCAGUGCUGGACACCAGAGCGCUUCAGCAACCAAGGAUAAGGCAUCUGACAAACCCCAGGCAAGAUUUUCAGUGCCCUCCAAGAUGGCAGCCGUUUCCUGCGCCACCGCUCCUGCACCACAGCGACUGACCAUCCUCACCAGGACAGGGAGAAAGGAGGAAAAGAGGAAGUGUUGGAGCUGUGUGCUGCCCGAGGAAUUGCUGGUGGAAAUCAUCUCUGAACGGCUGCAGCUGAGUGACUGCUACAAGGGAGAGGUGUUUGAUGGCCUGGAGACCCUCUUUGCGAGCAGCCUGGCAUCUUCUCUCCUGUGCGUGCUCAAAGCUGUGACCUCCCAGCUGACCCAGAGCCCCAAGCUCUGCUCGCAGUCACUGAUGGCUUCUCUUGUGGUCUGUGCUGAAGCACGGGAGAAGGAAGAAGCUGCCCGGAGAGAGGAAGAACGUCUCUGGGAUGUGGAUGUGGACGAGUACGAAGCCCUCUCUGAGAAGCAGACAGCUCUGCUUGAUUACAAAAUAGAACAAAUCAAGCGUGAGCGGAAGGAGAGAAGGGAGCUGGAGUGGCUGGCUCGAGAGCAUAAGGAAAGCAAAAAGGCGUCAUCACGAGCCUCAGAGAAGCAAGAUGGGCAGCAAGAAACCAAAAUCCCAGAGGUGCCGAGUAAGCGGGACAGGAUCUUGGACCUGAGGUUUGACAUCUGUGAGUCUUCUCAGAAGAAGAUCAAACAUAUUCUGUCAUCCUGGGACGAAGGCUCAGUCGGAAGCCAGGAUGCCAGAGUGCCCUGCUUGGACUUCCACGUCACGCGUCAUGAAAAGGUGUUUAGGAGGAUCCUGAAGAGCAAGAAGCUGCCACCAGCAAAGCAGAUCCUGCACUCUCUGGGACUGGGACCUCCCAUUCCCCCUGGCUCUCUUUUCUCCGUGGUCCCCUACCCAGAGGAGGACAGAGUCCCCACAGCAUCACAAGACCUCAGACACUUCAUCCUUGUUGAACCUGAGGGUGCUGCUGCAGAAGAUGAUGUGGCCCCAGAGGCAGAGGCACAGGACCACUUGAAGGAGGGGAAAGCCAUGAGCAGACACAAGUCUAGCAAGGAAAAGCCAAACUCCCCCCAGAGCCCGAAAAGUCUCCGUGAUCACUCCCCAGAAACACCCCGAAGUUCACCUGAGCCAAUGAAAAGCCAACUGCAGAGUGACUCAACCCUCGAGAGACCUGCCAGGCUGAGAAGGUUCCGGUGGAUCGUUCCUGCCCACGCUGAGGUGGAACUGAAGAUCCGCUUCAGCCCCACAGUGCCAGGGCAGUUUGACCAGCUGAUGAACUUUGAGAUCCUGGGCUCAAAGCGCCUGUACCAGUUGCCCUGCAGUGCCACUGCCCUGUACCCCAGCAUCAGCCAGAACCCACGGCUGGUGUUUCCUCGCUGGAGGAAGAGCAAGGAGAAGGAGGACAUCAUCUCCAAGGAAUAUGUCAUGAGCACAAAGCAGUUCCACUUUGGACCGCUGCUUUGUGGCAAGUCAGGAGAGUGGUACAAGGCACAGAACUGCCCCGGCAACAGCGAAAAGUUAACCAUCCUCAACGACUCCCCCAUGGAGGCAGAGGUGCAUUUCUCCUUUGAGAACGACAGCAAAGGAGAGACGUUCCUUUUGGACCCUCCCAGCAUGAGGCUGCAGCCCAAAGAGAAGAAGAAGCUGAGUAUUUGGGUGUACCCGACUUCUGCUGGCCUCCUGGAAGACAAUCUUGUCUGCUGGAUCAAGGACAACCCGGAGCCAGUGGUCUUCUGACUGUGCUACCAAGGGAUGCACGUGAAGCUGGGGGUCAGCCCCCAGGAGCUGCAUUUCAACAAGCUGCUUCUGCACAGGACUGACACCCAGACCCUGGUCCUGAAAAACGAUAGCCCACUGUUGGAGGCAAUGAGACCGACUGGGAAAGAUAUGAAGCGUGGAGAAGGAUUUAUAAUCCUUCACCAAAUGAUGAACACGAAUAUCAGCCUCCCAGCAGACGACACAAAGGACACCAAAAAAGACAUUAAAAAGGACAUGGACACUGGGGACACACAAGAUGGUGGGACGGAGACAGAAACCGACACCACAUCACAAAAUGGCGUGAGGGCGCGGAGAAGAAAUAUGCGUCGAUCGCGAAAUGGCGUCGAGGAGGAGGGACCCCGAGACCGUCCUGAGAGAAGGGGGGAGGGUGAAGCGUGCGGAAGACCGGCGCGGGAAAAGAAGAGGCGGGCCCCCGUAGCUCCACCCCUUGGGUGGCCUCCUUCUCCACCCACUCGUGGCGCGAGAAGUCCCUCCCCCGACACACCUCCGAUAACGCCCACUUCCGUCACUCCCGUCUCCUCCCCCGACGUGUCACCUGUUCGGCCAAGACAGGAAGCAGUGGGCGGGGCAAGGGCGAAAGUCAGGUCUUCCUUCCGGAAAGAUGGCCGCGCCCAUAGGCCACAUCACACCAAGGCCUACCCUGCCUGCCGCGAACCGGACUUUGACUAUGGGUGGGCACCGCGCUCCCCGGAUAGGCAACCCUCGGUACCUGAUAUUUGGGAAGCCUUUCGGGAGGAGGCCGCGCGCGCCCAAGAUGUCGAAUUUUUAAAAGCGUUCCCGGUUUAUUACGAGGAAGGGAAACCUCCCGAGUGGCGACCGGUUUCGUACCCGAUGUUGAAAGACAUCAAAAAAGCAAUUGUCGAGUACGGGUUAGGGGCACCCUUCACAAUCGGCCUAUUGGAAUCCUUCUUUUUAGCUUACACCCUUAUCCCCUAUGACAUUCGAGCAGUCAUAGGAGGAUUGUUCACUACCGUUCAAGCCUCGGUAUUCGAGGCUGAAUGGAAAAAACGAAUUGUCACCUUCGUUAAUGAUAAGAUGGAAAGAAGAGGGAUUCCAAUUAGGCAAGCCAUUGAUAUGCUUUACGGGGAGGGGAACUACUCCAGCAGAGGGGACCAAACUAGAUUAGACCCCAAAUUGUUAAAUGUAACAAAAGAAUUGGCCUUAGAGGCAGUAAAAAGAGUGGCGGACGCGUACAUGCAAGCGCCCUCUUUUACUCUUAUUAAUCAGGGCAUUAAAGAGCCAUUUGUAGAUUUUAUUACUAGGCUCAAAGAAGCUAUAGCUCGGCAGCUGGAGGACCGCUUCCCCGUGGUGAAGAUGGUCUCCACUGAAGACCUGCUGUGUGUCCUGUCGGCAGAUGAGGAGCAGAGGCAGACGGCAGAGAAGGAGCCAAAAAGACCACAGAGAGUCAAAGUGGAAGGCCUUCUCGACACGGGGGCGGAUGUCACCAUCAUAGCCUCCAGGGACUGGCCACACGCCUGGCCAGCCCAAACUGCAUACGUCCAAGUUAGCGGCGUGGGAGGAACGCAGUAUCCCGUCAGGAGCAGGGAGGUGCUGACUAUCUACGGGCCGGAGGGCAGACCAGCGUCACUCCAACCGUAUGUGCUGAACAUACCAGUCACACUUUGGGAAAGAAGAGAAUUUGGAUACUACAUUGUCCACACCCGCUCACACACCACUCUACCCGGUCCUGUGGCGGAGGGGAACCAGCUCGCCGACCAUCUGGCAGCCCAAGUUCCACCCACCAUCCUACCCUAUAUAAGUUGUUACCCCUCAAAUAAACUGUGGUAUUGCUUCACCGACCUCCACCGUGUGAAAGACCCUUCCUUGCAGUGCCCGACCCCAUUCCCUUUCCCUGACUCGAGUCGUGGCAGCCCACUGCCCAUGGCAUGGCAUCUCAGUGGGCUGGAUGACCUUGGCGAUGACUUCUCUGCAUCGCGAGGCAGGGGCAUCGUUGGCCCCCGCACAGACUUUGAGGUGAAGCUGAAUUUCAAGGCCGAGAAGAUUGGCAUCACAAAUAAGAUGAUCCAACUAGAGGUUUCAGAUCCAGAAAACAUCCUGGGCAUUGUUCAGGCUGAAACCAUCAAAGUCUCUGUGGAGGUCUACGAUGUUAAUCUGAGCAUCAACAUGCCUGAAGGUCCAGAUGGCAGCUUGGAAUUUGGAACUAUUAAUGUCCUGGAUAAUAAGAAGCACGUCCUGAGUCUGCAGAACAAAGGCUUAUAUGACAUUGAGUACAGUUUCAAGCUGACCACUGGAAGUGCCAAGAGGGGUGACUUGGAAUCUCCCUUCACUGUCCGGCCGCAGAGGGCUGUGCUGAAAGCCUCCCAGCCACCUGUGAAAGUUGAGGUCCUCUUCCACCCCACGACUGAAGUGUUUCUCAAGAGCAAACCCAUCCUGCUCUGCCGGGUCACUGAUCUCAAAUCGGGUCAAGGAGGCGAGACCGUUGCCGCCAUCCCAGUGAGGGUGUCGGCGAGAGCUGUGUACAGCAAGUACAGCAUCGAGCCUGCCUCGCCCAUCGACUUCGGUGCCAUGGUUAAGGGCACCAAGAAGACCCAUGUCUUAAUUGUGGAGAACAAAGGCACCCUCAACUUCAAAUUCCUCAUCCACCAAGCACCUCCACUACAAAGUUCACAGCAAGAGGAAUCUGCCCCCUUGGUCAGGGAAAGAAAGCGCUCGACGCAGGCUCAGCUCACUGUAGGCAUGUUCACUGUGUCCCCUUGCUCCGGCUCCAUUGGUCCUUGGGGCCAGCAGAAGAUCACAGUGGAUUGCAAUGCAGGAGCAGAGGGGAAAUGUGAGGAGCAGCUGUACAUCGACAUCAGCAACAGAGACCCCAAGGACAAUCCCCUCGGCAUUCCCUUUACCCUGACUGCCGAGUCCUGCCUCCCAGCGCUUGUUGAAGACGUCACGUCCAUCUUUGAGCAGUACCCGAUCCACAGCAACGUCAAUCUCCGCCAGACGUUACAGUCGGUGCAAGGCAACGGUGUGUUCAUCAGAGAUGAGAACAAAUUCAUCUUCACCAAAGUUCAGGUUGGGCAACAGGCCACAGCUCGCUUCAAGAUCUCUAAUGGCAGCAGUGUCCCAUGUGACGUGGUCCUCUCCAUCAAAGCCAUGCCUGGAGAGCCUCACAGCCUCAUCAGCAACAUCUUCAAGCUGGAUCCUGUUGAGAUGAGCAUUCCUGGCUUAUCCCACACCUUUGCUACAGUGACCUUCACUCCAGAACAAAAGGAGGACUACCAGUGCACUUUCACAGCUUCCCUUGUUAGCCCAAAAAGGUCCGUGAAGAUGAAACCCCAACAGCUGACCUUCACUGUCAGUGGAGAGGGGCACGUGCCUCAGGUGACAGUCGAGUGCCCGGGCCUUGGGAGUAAGAGAGGAACCCCUGUGCUGCGCUUCAGGAGGCUCCUGCUGGGGGAUUCACAGACACUCCCCCUGGUCCUUCGUAACAAUGGCAUCGUACCCACAAAGUUUACAGUUCAUAUCAUGGAUGACCAGGGAGUUCUCUUCCUGAAAAGCACGCAGUCCGCACUCCGUGCCUUCCACACUGCAGACAUGGAAAAGGACUCCACUGGAAAAGCCAAGAAGCGUCCCGAGAAGCCUUACCUGCUCCUGGAACACGGGCAAUCAGCAGAGUUUGAUGUGUUUUUCAAACCCACCCUGGCCCAAUGUCUGGAAGGGAAGAUCCGUGUGCCAGUGUCAGGCAACAGUGAGCUCGACAUAGAGCUGGUGGGUGAAGGCCACAAUGAUGACUUCACCCUUGAUAACCUCCCUGGACUAGCAGAAGACAGCCAGGAGAGCAAUGCUGAGGGCAAUCUGGAGGACGACAUCAUUGAGGCUGUCAGAGCGAAUCACAUAAAGUUUGGGGAGUGUGCAGUCAGGGAGCUCUGCGACAAGACCUUCACAGUCACCAACCGCAGCAAGGAGGAGGUGAUGCGGUUUGAGUGGCUGCUGGCAGAUGCCCCGUUCCAGUUCUCCCCCAAGGUGGGACACCUCCAGCCUGGCCGUGCCAAGAAUAUCAGAGUGACCUUGAAAUCCAAGGUCCCGGUCACCAUCAAAAGGCACUCUGGGAACUGUAAGGUGGCCAAGAUCAAAUACCAGCUGCCACCAGAGGAGGUUUAGGACUGGGACGACAGAAUGCACAGUGAGAAGUGGGAGGAUACCACCGAGAGACUCCCGGGAGCCCGCUGGCCUUUGAAGCAGAAGGUGGUCAAGGCAGUCCCAGAACCACCUCACACCGUCCUGGAGAGGAGCAGCCACGAGGUCGAGCUUGUCCUCAGUGCUCAGGUUGACUACGCCGAGUUCAGACAUGACACGGUCGAGGUUCAGCUGAAGCAGACUGAGCUCUUCCAGACAGAGAUAAGCACUUUCCAGAUGUCCAAUACGGGGAAUGUAGCCCUGAAAUACUGCUGGGAGGAGAAUCUGGAGGAGGAAAUACCAUCAAAGAGUUCUGGGAGGCUGUUCUAGUCCACUCAGACAUGUGAUUUCUUGUCCUCUCCUGCUGAGGAUCUCUGGGAAAGGCAUCGUGCAAGGCUGGUGCAGCAGGCAUUGCCGCUCGAGCCAACUCAGCCCCAGCCAACUCAGCCCCAGCCAAGUCUGCGCCUUUCAAAGCAGCUGCGCCGCUCUUCGAAGGGCCUUAGCUCCUCCCCGGAAUUCUCUCCAAUUCCUGUCAAGGACCCACCACUGUUCUCCAUCGAGCCCCACUGCGGUACCAUCCCUGCUGGCCAGAAUCAGAUUUUCCGUGUGAAAUUCUUCCCGACGCGUGUGGGGGAAUUUAAGGCCGAAAUGCUGUGCAGAGUUCAUAACCUGAAGCCAUCUCAGAAGAACCCACGGGUGUUUGUGAUGGGGAAAGGCUGUUUGCCAAAGGCUGAUCUGAAAUGCUCUACAUCACUGCAAAAAGGUGAAACCCAGAGCAGCAAACCCAAGAAGAAGGUGCAGCGGUCAGCAAAACUAGAGUGACACCAUUUGUGUCAUGGCUUCUCCUGCUCGUGGUUUCCCAGCCUUCAGCAGAGACCUCCCCAUCUACUCCUCAAGCCCCAACACCCAUCUCUACCUCAUCUGUGUACCACCUAAUAAACUGUGUCUCAACGCA